UCAACCUAGAAGCAAAUGAAAAUUACUGGUAUAUCUUAAUUCUUAUCAUAGUUUGACGCCACCCAAUAUUGAAACCUCUAUAAAUAGCAAUCCACACUCCAGCUAAACCCUUUGACUUACUACCUUAGGGUUUAUCAGGCAGCUGAACUUAAGAGAAAUGGCUUUCUUUAGUCAUGCCAGAAAUAUACUCAAGCAGGCAGCUAUCAAGCAUCAGAUCAGUCAUGAGAUUUCUUCGUCCAAAUCUUCAGUUUUCCAGAUUCUGAGAUUUAUGUCAUCAUCAAAAGUUUUUGUUGGAGGAAUUUCUUGGAAUACAAAUGAUGCAACUCUUCAAGAUAACUUUGGUCAAUAUGGAAGAGUCGUUGAGGCAAGAGUCAUUACAGACCGUGAAACUGGAAGAUCAAGGGGGUUUGGCUUUGUAACCUUUGAGAAUGCUGAGGAAGCUAGUGCUGCAAUCCAGGCCUUGGAUGGACGCCUACUUGAUGGUCGCACAAUAAGGGUGAACUAUGCAAAUGAUAGGUCACAGGGCUUCGGUGAAGGGUCAGGUGGAUAUCGUACUGGCGGUGGCAAUGGAUAUUAUUCCAAUAGCGGCAAUAGUGGUUAUGAAAAUAAUGCUGGUUACAGUGACAAUUAUGCCAGUGGUGGUAGCAACUACAACAACAGUGAUGACAGCAGUUCUCCACAUUCUGGCAGUGGGAGUUACGGAGAUGAAGUUGAGACUGAUAACUAUGCCAAACGAGCCUAGUUCUCAACCUGAACUUGAAUGCCAGAUAUUUGUUCAAUAUGAACAUGACCUUGGUUCAAAAUCCCAUAAUUUUCUCUUCACAAACACAAGGUGUAUCUUUUGUCCUUCCUCUUUGCUUCAAUCUUUUCCAAGUGAAAUAGUGGCUGUCCCUAUUAACUUUUGAGAUAAUGUUACCAGAAUGCUGUGAAUUAGUUAUUUUGACCGAUAUUUAAGUUGUUCCUAUUCCCCCUAUCACGUGUUUAAUGUUCUCAAGUGCUGCCAAAUCAAUUGGG